AUGGGGGACUGGAAUUUCCUGGGAGGCAUUCUGGAGGAGGUCCACAUCCACUCCACCAUCAUCGGAAAGAUCUGGCUCACCAUCCUCUUCAUCUUCCGGAUGCUCGUCCUUGGAGUGGCAGCUGAAGACGUCUGGAACGACGAGCAGUCCGGGUUCGUCUGCAACACCGAGCAACCGGGCUGUAGAAAUGUCUGCUACGAUCGGGCCUUUCCCAUCUCCCUCAUCAGAUACUGGGUCCUGCAAGUCAUAUUUGUGUCUUCCCCAUCUCUGGUGUACAUGGGCCAUGCUUUGUACAGACUGAGGGCCCUGGAGAAGGACAGGCAAAGGAAGAAAGCUCAACUCAAAGGGGAACUGGAGGCCACUGAGUUUGAAAUGGUCGAGGAUCGGAGAAAGCUGGAGCGAGAACUCCGUCAGCUCGAGCAAAGGAAACUCAAUAAAGCACCACUGAGAGGGGCCUUGCUUUGUACCUACGUGAUACACAUUUUAACUCGGUCUGCAGUUGAAAUUGGAUUCAUGAUUGGCCAGUAUCUUCUCUAUGGAUUUCGGCUCGAUCCUCUCUUUAAGUGUCAUAGAGAUCCAUGUCCAAAUACAGUCGACUGCUUUGUAUCGAGGCCGACAGAGAAGACGGUCUUCCUGUUAUUUAUGCAAUCCAUAGCGGCUGCCUCUCUUCUUUUAAAUGUUCUAGAAAUUGUCCAUCUCGGUUUAAAAAGAAUCAAAAAGGGAUUUGAGAGACCCAAAUAUAAAUAUAAAAUGAAUGAUGAAUGUGAGGACUCUGAUUUGAGCGAGGCAAAAAGAAUUUCUGCAGCACAACCACCUUGUCUGGGCACGGCUACCAAUCCACCCAAGACGCUCCCUUCUGCGCCUAUUGGCUACACCGUGUUAGGGGAAAAACAAAUGAAUCCCACAGUGUACCCCGGCUUCAGUUCACCUUCAGUACUGCAGGCCCUUCAGGAAACUGGCAAGAAAAGUCCGGCUAGUGACGAGAGAAAUAAACCGUCUGACGAGACGUGCCUGAGUAGCAUCGUGGAGGGUUAUCCUGCGAACGCCAACUUGAGUCACAGCGAAGGGAUAAUCAGCGUGGUGAGGGCAGAGAUCGGUGGCACUCACAAGCAAGAGAACACCACCACCGGCCACCAGGCUAAUUUCGAAGCUGCCGUCCAUCUGGGCUAUCGGCCGGAGAUGCCAUUGGGGGCUGCCCUAUACCCUUCACUGCAACCCGAAAUGACUUUCUCCCCGCCAACCGAUUGCACCCGCACAGCACGGAGCCUAAGCGACCCCUGGAACGGUUCGACGGGGGGUCUUCAGAGCAGAGGGUCACCUCCCAGAGGUAACCUCAGGAGACAGAGCCGAGGGAGCACCGGCAGACCCCGAGCCCUCUCCCGGGCGGACUCCCGACCACCCAGUAGGUCAAACAGCUCAGACUCUCCGGGGGAGAUGAGCUCGGGAUCCAAACCCAGCAAAAGCUGUGACAGUCCUAGGGUUUUCCCACUUUCUCGGCGAAUCUCUCUGGCGACUUGCAGCGUUAGCAGCAGGCGGGCCCCGACCGACCUUCAGAUCUGA